AUGAUCAAGCACACCAUGAUAUCGCGGCUGGACGGCCUUCUCUUGACGGCUUCGGUCGACGACGGAGAGACGGACGCCGAGUUCAAUGAGGUCAAGAGCAAGGUCAAGCUGGUGCAGCGCCGCCUGAACCGCAACUCAGAACCCCAGGCCAGCAUAGAGAGUGGCCGCUACACAUACCACUACCUCAUCGAGGGCGAGCUGUGCUUCAUUUGCAUCUGCGAUCGCUCCUACCCGCGCAAACUUGCCUUCACAUACCUCUCUGACCUCUCCCGCGAAUUCACGACUACCUACCAGCCCCAACAGUACCUCUCACCAACAUGCCGGCCAUACGCCUUUGUCGAGUUUGACACAUUCAUCCAGCGCACAAAGAAGACGUACCAAGACUCGAGAGCGACGCAGAACCUCGACAAGCUCAACGAUGAGCUCAAGGAUGUCACAAAGGUCAUGACUAAGAAUAUCGAGGACUUACUCUACCGAGGCGACAGUCUGGAGCGCAUGGGAGAUAUAUCGAGUAGGCUGCGUGAAGACAGUAGAAAGUACAAAAAGGCCGCCGUGCGCAUCAACUGGGAGCUGCUUUUGAAGCAGUAUGGCCCUAUUGGAGGUCUAGCGUUUAUCCUCAUUGUUUUCAUCUGGUGGCGCUUCUUUUAA